UCAAAUUGUUACGAUGUCGCUAUUCUUGGUGGAGGAGCGAUGGGGUCGUCUUCAGCUUACUUCUUAGCUAAACGACAACCAAAAAAAAGAAUAUGUGUCAUUGAACGUGAUCCUACGUAUUCAAGUUGCUCAACGUCUUUGUCUGUUGGCUCAAUAAAAAAAAAGUUCUCUACUCCAGAGAACAUUCAACUUUCCCAGUUUGGAUUCCAAUUUUUGUCUAAUGUUGACAAGCAUCUAACCGUUGAUGAAAAAAAAAAUGCUCACAUUAAUCUCAGGCUUGGCAGAUAUCUAUUGCUAAAAAAAAGAGAGAAAGGUGUUGAAGCCUUGACUGAGAAUCAUAUAACUCAAAGGAAACUUGACUGUWAUGUUGAACUGCUAACUCCCAAUCAGCUAAAGAAAAUUUAUCCAGCAUUCAGUACUGAGGGAAUUUCUUUAGCAUCUAUAGGUACAGCUAAUGAAGGCUGGUUUGAUCCAUGGGCAUUAUUGAACUGCUUCAAGAAAAAAGCUCUAUCACUUGGAGUCAAGUACAUCAACGCUGAAGUAACAGACAUCAAUCUCAAAAAGGGACAAGUUGUAUCUGAUAUUUGGAUAUCUCCAAUUGAUUCUCCAUCCACUCAGUCAACAAUUAACUGUGGAACUGUGGCUUUGACCACAGGUUGCUGGUCUGGCCAGACUGCUGCAAUGCUAGGAGUGGAAUUGCCCAUUGAACCAAGGAAGCGAUAUGUGUUUGUAGUAGACUGUCCAGGUUUAACACUUGAUGAUGCGCUUGUGGUAUUGCCUGGAAAGGGUGUUUGGUUUCGACGUGAAGGCAAGAACUUUAUAUGUGGAAUGUGCCCCUCACUAAAAGAUGAGCCAAACACUGACGACCUCGAGGUGGACUUUGAUUACUUCAAUGACUAUAUAUGGCCUGAUCUUGCACAGCACAUCCCAGCAUUUGAAUGUCUAAAGAUUCAAGGUGCRUGGGCUGGUUACUAUGACUACAACGUUUUAGACCAGAAUGCCAUAGUAGGUCGUCACCCUGACAUCGCUAACCUGAUUUUYGCCAGCGGCUUCAGUGGGCAUGGAAUUCAGCAUUCUCCAGGAAUCGGACGAGCUGUUAGCGAACUAAUCAUCGACCAGAAAUACUCUACUCUCGAUCUGUCCAAGUUUGGUUAUGAAAGAGUUCUGAAUAAUGAAAAAGUUGUCGAAAAAAAUAUAAUUUGAAUGCAUGUGGUCUUCCGUCCUCGUGACGGCCAUGUUGAUUUGGCUAAAUGCAUUAUGGUAUUUGGCGAAGUAUCAAAAUGGCGGUUAAAUUAAAGUUUAGUAUCGAUCAAGGAUGAUUUAAAAGAACAUUCAAACAAGAUGAYUGUACAUCGAGAAUUUCUUCAAAGACCAGUAUCAGCAACACAUAAUGCUUGCUGUUCGCAAAUCAACUCGACAUACUGCAUGACUUCAGUUGGUACUUUUCUAUCCCAUAGUGCAUCUCGGCGAACAUUUGACGACGUCAUAGGAGGAARCACCAUUGCCAAUGAUUUAAGCUGCUGGCAGCUUUCAAGUUGUACAUAUAAAUAAUAUACUCUUUUUCUUUCCACGAAAGCAGCCGACUGCUUUACAUGACCGAGGCUACRUGGACUGUACUCAACGGGGGUUAGAUUCCCGUGCGCUAUACGUGGUUUGAGCGUGUAAUCAAAGUAGUCAGUGCCAGAAGUACAUAGUACAUAGAAAUAUUGUGUUUUUUGUGUAUGUUAUGCAUAAGGCCUAGUGUCCAUGUACUGGACUGACGAAUAUAUGCCACUGAAGACUAUGAUAUAUAAGCUCAGUGGUAAAGCAUAGAACAUUGAAGGGAAUAAUUUAUAAGCAUUAUCAAAUAUCCAUAUUAUCAAAAGCAGUUUUGAUAUCACUUGAUAUGUAACGUGUGGCCAUUUUAACGACUGGAAGUAAAGUAUAUAAAUAUAUAUAAAUAUGAUAUAC